AUGACAUCGCGGCGCUCUUCUCGCUUUCUCCUGGGUUUUCUGCUCCUCAGCCGUUGGACAAUCCACACCAAUGCCAACGGCACUCGCGCAAUUCCAACGGGAUCUUUGGAACAUCAACAACGGCCAGUUCAGGAACAACGGCGGAAUCUUCGUGGCGAACGAUCGCUGUCGUUUGGAACUCGCAUUGUUGGAGGAAGCGAUGUCAGCUCUGGAUCUCGCUAUCCCUUCUUUGCCUCCUGGUGGCAUGGCUGCGGUGGAUCUCUUAUUGCGCCUGACAUGGUCCUUAGUGCAGCUCAUUGCGAGACGACUGAACUAGACAAAUACCCGUUCAGCUUUGGAUCCAACCACAAAAAUGAUCACAAUGCCCCACAUGUCCUCUUUGCCCAAGAAUACUGGGUCCAUCCAGACUUUGAUCGUGGCCAGGGAAACCUGUACGACGUCAUGGUCAUGAAGCUAGAAGAACCCAUCUUCGACCUGGAUCCCAUUCAACUCAAUCACCGGUCAAACGUACCCAUUGAAAACCAGCCUCUCACGGCCAUUGGAAAUGGAGCCAUUUCGGAGUUUGGAGGAUACGAUGAUCAGAAAAUACUACAGGAAGUCACCGUAAACUACAUCGAAGACUGCAAAUCCACCGAUUACGCAUACGCAACCUACCCUUUUAUGCAAGCAGGUAGCGGGCAACCACAUUUAUGUGCCGGUGUCCCCACGGGGGGAUUCGAUGCAUGCUUUGGAGACAGUGGAGGACCGCUCUUUUACGAAGACAACUCGGGGGGAUUUGUGCAAGUUGGAAUCACUUCCUGGGGAGAUGGGUGCGGUCGAUCCAAUGCACCAGGGGUCUACGCUAGAGUCAGUGCAGCCAUUGACUUUAUCGAGGACACUGUCUGUGACUUUUCAGACUUUCCUCCAAGCUGGUGUGGAAGUGGCAGUGGCAGCGCUAGUACUGAUCCUCCUACAUUUACUCCCACCGAGUCACCAACAGAGUCACCAACAGAUUCGCCCACAGCUCUUCCGACUCCACAGCCCACAGACCGGACACAGGCAUUUGUCAGUUUCACUCUACCUCCACAAACGCCCAGACCAACCACAUCGUCUCCCUCUUCAUCGCCAUCUACAUCCACAUCGCCUUCCGUCGCUCCUUCCAUUGCUCCUUCCAUUGCUCCUUCCAUCGUUCCCACUAAUCCAUCUACCGAGAGUCCUACUGCAACUCAAACAACAAAUACACCCACCGCGGCUCCUACCAAUCCUCAAACCACAACAGACUCGCCAACGUCACCACAAACCACAACCAAUGCGCCCACUGAUGUACCAACGGCAGCACCUACCCAGCCCCAAACCACUACCAAUGCACCCACCGUUCCGGCCACCACGACAACAAAUCCCACCAACGUGGAAACUUCUACGCAACAGCCUACUCAAGCUCCAACUACAGUGGCUCCAACCAAUUCGGCAACAUCUACCCAACAGCCUACAGUCUCGCCAACAGCUGCCCCAACAAACACCGAUACCGCAACAGAAGAACCCUCAGCAGCUCCUUCGGCAAUGCCAUCCACGGCUCCUUCAUUGGCUCCUUCUUCAUUGGCAACCACAUCGGCACCAACCAUUGCCGAAACGACGGAACAACCGACCAUGGCUCCCACGACAGCGACACCAACCAGUCCUCCUACCGCACAGCAGCAGACAGAUGUUCCCACUCAACACCAGACAGAUGCUCCUACUCAGCAGCAGACUCAUGUUCCGACUCAACAUCAGACAGAUGCUCCUACUCAACAGCAGACCACCAAUGUUCCAACAACCCAUCAAGAAUUCGGCAUUGCUCAAGCGAACCAGGCAGCGGCAGCGGCACAGGCGCAGGGAAUUGGAAACACGGCUUCGGUAGAUUUCUUCCCUACAUCCGAACCCACUCAAGCUCCGGUAUUACCCACGGGGGGAAUCCGCAUUGAUAUCCAUACUGACGGCGCUCCAUGGGAGCUCAGCUUUGAACUCGUACACCAGACACACAGCACAAUGGGACCCGCGGUCAUGGGAGGGACCCUCAUCGUCACGUCCACCAGUAUUGUGGAAGAAAUGGCACCUGGAACUCUUCAAGAUCCUGAUGCUACCUAUGGCUUUCGCUUUCAUGGGGAAAACAUUCGGCUAGACGGUUCUUACAAACUCACGCUGCGAGAUGCCGGCGGAAAUGGUAUUUGCUGCGCCAAUGGCUACGGAAAUGUCAAAAUCUAUCAGCUUGAUGAACACGGUGGCGAGAUCUACGGCGAGGAUGGCAAUAUCGCGCCGCCACUCGUUCAAUUUUCGGGUGUCUUUCACCACGAGCACGAAAUCACGUUCCAAUUGGCACAGGAAGAAUCGGUGCAAUUGUAA